AUGGCAGCCAUCGUAUCGGGCGUGGAGGCACACCGAACCCAGUGCAGCAUCCGGCAUGACAGGCUCGGCUGUAGCGAAGACCAAGGUCUCCUCACGAUUCGCCUCGAAGGUGGCACCCCGGAGAUGGCUAGUCAAAUCAUCAGCACGCUGCAGCAAGCAGGGAGACACAUAGAGUCCACUCUGGCUGUGGCGAAGACCAGUAAGAGGCAGCGCAAGAAGCAGAAAGCUGUACUCGCCUUGGUCCUCCAUUUGCCAGUCGGGCCACUGACACCGCUCAACUCCUGGAAGACUCCAGGUAUCGACGCUGGUAGACGAGCGUCUGCUUUGAACCUGAUACUUAAGGAGCACCACCGCCACGUCCAGAACUGCUGCAGUGCAUAUGUCCAAGCCGCUGUGACAGGCGGCGCAGACGAGAAAGUUGCAAGCCUGAUUGCAUGCCUCCGGCUUCGCAUUGAUCACGACCAGCCUACGAUCGCAACUUCAGAUCGGCCGACUGACAUUUGUGAACAGUGUUGUUCGGUCUUCGCGCAUUCGCCGGGGCGUCGCUGCAGUACUCUAUACUUGCCCUUCAUUCGACAAUCGGAGCAGUACAACUUUAACGGUAUCUGCGCUCAGAUCAGAACUGGGAUGCAUUCGUCAACCAGUUGCCGGCAAGCUCCUUCACGAACCACCCUGGUGAUCUUCCGCCUCGACCAGCACGAGCUGAUCAAGAUCGAGUUCCCUGGGAUACAUAACAAUGGCAAUGCAACACUCUGUGGCAAUGCAACACUGCGCGGUCACCUCGAGAAGAAAGAAGCUCCGCUUGACGUAUUCUUCAUGACCUGCGCACCACUCAUCGGCAUCAUGGCGGCAUUCGAGAGAAUCUCAGCUCUCGAUCCCACCACCAACGAGCAGUCUUUCACGGACCGCCUCGAGAGCGCGAAUCAUAUCAGUGUCAACAUCAAGGGCAAUGUGAUCAUGCCGCCACAAUGUCACGAAGGUCCUCGCAAGCCCAAAGACUACACGGAACGUCCGCCUGAUGACCAGAACCUCCUUGUUUUGGACAGCGCCUGGGCAGUCGUGGCUCAUUUGUACGGGACCUGCCCUCAUGCCACCGCCGACGAGGCCAGGCAGGGCAGCGAAGUGGGAGAGGAUCCCUCAUCCCAGCAACUCGUCGUUUACGGCAUGGAUCCGGCAAGGAGCAUGAGUCUCGUGAAUGAUCGAGGCAGAAAUGAGGGGGCAGUCGAGGCUUGCUUGUACUAUGGCUUCAGCUCGCCGUAG